CGCCGCUGCCGCCGCCGCCGCCGCCCGGGCCUCGCUGCUCGGUGCCGCCGCUCCGGUGCCGCCGGAGCCUCUCCGCUGGCGGCGGGAUCUGGAUUCGCUCAAGCUGAGGGGCGUGCGCAACAGGCGGGCGGCGGGCCGGAGCCGAGGGCACGGCGAGAGAACGCAGCCGGUGACCGAACCCCCGGGGGGCGGCGAGCGUGAGGCCGCCCGGGGCCGGGCAUGUGCGGCGGGGCGGCGGGCAGGGCGCCUGGGCAAGGGCGUUUGAAGGAAACGUGAAGCGCGGCGGCAGCGGCGGCGGCGGGAUGGACGCGGCACCGGGCCGGAGCCCCGAGCCCCGGGAGAAGCCGCCGGUGCUGGAUGGGGAGGCGGCGGGGCGCGGCGGAACGGGGACGGCAGCCGGGGCUCCGGGCGCGGCCUCACCGGCGGAGCAGAUCGUGGCGGAGGGCGAGGCGGCGGCGGCGGGCACGGGAACGGGAACGGGCACGGGAACAGGAACAGGAACGGGAACGGGCACGGGAACAGGAACGGGAACGGGCACGUUCGUGCAGCGGCAGCUCGGGGCCAUGCUGCAGCCCGCCGUGAACAAGUUCUCGCUGCGCAUGUUCGGCAGCCACCGGGCCGUGGAGAUCGAGCGGCAGCGGGUGAAGUCGGCCGGUGCUUGGAUCAUCCACCCCUACAGCGACUUCAGGUUUUACUGGGACCUCAUCAUGCUGCUGCUGAUGGUGGGCAAUCUCAUCAUCCUCCCUGUGGGCAUCACCUUCUUCAAGGACGAAAACACCCCUCCCUGGAUCGUUUUCAACGUCCUUUCGGACACUUUCUUCUUGGCCGACCUCGUCCUGAACUUCAGAACGGGCAUCGUGGUGGAGGACAACACGGAGAUCAUCCUGGAUCCCCACACCAUCAAAAUGAAAUACCUGAAGAGUUGGUUCUUGGUCGACUUCAUCUCCUCCAUCCCGGUCGAUUACAUUUUCCUCAUCGUCGAUCUGGAGACGCAGGUGGAUUCUGACGUCUACAAAACAGCCCGCGCUCUGCGCAUCGUCCGCUUCACCAAAAUCCUCAGCCUGCUGCGCCUGCUGCGCCUCUCCCGUCUCAUCCGCUACAUCCAUCAAUGGGAGGAGAUCUUCCACAUGACGUACGACCUGGCCAGCGCCGUGGUGAGGAUCUUCAACCUCAUCGGCAUGAUGCUGCUGCUGUGCCACUGGGACGGCUGCCUACAGUUCCUGGUGCCCAUGCUGCAGGAUUUCCCCGAGGACUGCUGGGUCUCCAUCAACCACAUGGUGAACGACUCCUGGGGGAAGCAAUACUCGCACGCUCUGUUCAAGGCCAUGAGCCACAUGCUGUGCAUCGGCUACGGCCAGCAGGCGCCCGAGGGGAUGACCGACGUCUGGCUGACGAUGCUGAGCAUGAUUGUGGGUGCCACCUGCUACGCCAUGUUCAUCGGCCACGCCACCGCCCUCAUCCAGUCGCUGGAUUCGUCCCGCCGUCAAUACCAGGAGAAGUACAAGCAGGUGGAGCAGUACAUGUCCUUCCACAAGCUGCCUGGGGACACCCGCCAACGCAUCCACGAGUAUUACGAGCAUCGCUACCAAGGCAAGAUGUUCGACGAGGAGAACAUCCUGGGGGAGCUCAGCGAGCCGCUCAAAGAGGAGAUCAUCAACUUCAACUGCCGCAACCUGGUGGCCAACAUGCCGCUGUUUGCCAACGCUGACCCCAACUUCGUCACCGCCAUGCUAACCAAGCUGCGCUUCGAGGUCUUCCAGCCUGGAGAUUUCAUCAUCCGUGAGGGCACCGUGGGCAAAAAGAUGUACUUCAUCCAGCACGGGGUGGUCAGCAUCCUCACCAAGGGCAACAAGGAGACCAAGCUGUCCGACGGCUCCUACUUUGGGGAGAUCUGCCUGCUGACGCGGGGCAGGCGGACGGCCAGCGUGCGAGCCGACACGUAUUGCCGCCUCUAUUCCUUGUCUGUGGACAACUUCAACGAGGUGCUGGAGGAAUACCCCAUGAUGCGCAGAGCAUUCGAGACCGUGGCCAUGGACCGCCUGGACCGCAUAGGUGAGGAGCUGCCCCAAACCCCUCCAUCUGCUCCAGAGGGGUCCAGAGACGAGGAGGGGGGCUGGAGCCCAACUGCAGGGAUCUGCUUUGCUGCCAGUCUGCUGCAGCAGGCGGCGGGAGCCCCUUCCCCCAGCUCGGAGCCGCCGGCGGGGAGGACUCUCCAUUACAGCCUGUCCAGAGCCACCGGUUCCCACAUCUCGCUCCUGAUGCAGCCUCAGCAGUUGGUGAAGCACCGGAGCAUCCACGGGCUGCCCGUCGGGCGGCUCACGCAGGACGUCCGCCUCCUCUCUGCCUCGCAGCCCUCCCUGCCCAAUAAAGUCGCCCAGCAAGCAGACGGGAGCUCCUUGCAGCAGGGCAGGAAAUCCGCGGGGAACCUGGCCCGCAGGUCUUCCCCUUCGGUCUCCGGACUCCUCUCCAAGCCGGGUCCGGGGGUCCCGCACCCGCAGCAGAUGCCUUCAGGAUCCCCGGCGCAGCCGAACCGCCCCGCGGCCGCAGCUCCCGCCCCGCAAUCCCCGGUGUCGGCGCCCCGCCCGGCGGCGGCUCCCUCCCGUAAGGGCUCCGUGGCCUUCAGCCCUGAAGUGGAAACGGGGAAACCCAAACUGCCGUCCAACAUGUGAACCCCGUGAGAACGGAGCGACCGGCCGAGACCCGGCGGCGUCGGAGGGGCGGGGAGGUGAGCGGAGCUGCGGCAGCGCCGGGUUUUUGAGGAGGGGGCUCUCCUUUGGGACUCUGCUCCAUCGCCGCCCCUCGAGGCCCUCCUGCAGGCACAGCCCUCACCCCAAAUCCGUCGCGGGGUCCCAGCUGCCCGCAGGUCUCCCUCAGAGCCGGGACACUCCGCGCGUUCCCCCGCACCCGGGGUCGGGGUGAUGCCAGACCCGCACAUCCCCUCCUCCAGCCCCGCGGAGCUGCCCGGCUGGUUGGGACGGGAGGGGCUGAGAUCAGAGGGGGUCGGGGAGCAGUGCCUGCGGCCAGGCGGGACCGGGACCCCCCCCCCGAACACACCGGGACCGCGUGCCUGGAGCCGGCGGUCCCGGAGCAGCGAGGCGCCGAGCCGGGGAUGGGCGGCUGCUCCCGGUGCGGCUCCUCCGUUCCGUGGGGCCGGGGAUGCGGCGAGACGCACCGAACCCCACAUCCGACCGCCUCCCCCCCCCCCCUCUCCCCCCCGAGCCGACAGCCAGCAACGUGUGAGUGUGAAUCGUGGCUCCGUCGAGCAGCUGAGCUCCGCUUCGUCGUCGCUUUGGGCUCCGCCGUGUUAGCAGUCCCGAUUAGAGCUGUG